ACAAGGUUCAUCACACCUCCUCCUAUCCUACCCAGUAUGACAGCAAAUUAGAAACAACUAAAUUCAAGUCAAGAGGUAUUGACAGAAAUAAUGAUGAAGACAACCUUUGGGUAAAAAUCAACAGUGGCUUUGAUGCCCUUCGUACACUCUCUGUUCAGACCUAUUCAAGGGAGCAACAUAUCGAAAGCUUUCCGUACCUGAGGAAUCAUAAGUAAUGCAUGAGUCACCACCUUUGGGAAAGUAGUUGGGCUAGGACUAAACGUGAGGGAAAAAAAAACAAUGAAUUACAGAUAUGAAGAGGAGGGAAGGAGCUGAGCAAGAACUCACUUCACGUGAUCAUCUUAAUCUUGUGGUUACAGCCUUACCAUGUAAGAGUUAAAUCAAAUAAGCUGAUAAACAGGACAGAUCUCCAGUCUACCACAUUUUUGUUUUGAAUGAGUAAUGUAUAAUGAGUUUAAUUUCCCCCCCGAGAUGAUCCAACGUAGGUGCUUAGUAGCUUGGGUUCAUGGUUAUAAUUUAUAGUUACCCAACUCCUGGACACUCUGACUCACACUGCCACCACACUUCUGCAACAAUCAGCAGCUCCUCAGCCUUCAUUUCCUUUUCUUCACUGUACAGCCCUGCCUUGGCAAGGCACGACCACUUCAACUACAAACCACCAUCGGUUCUAACUGAAGGAGUCUCUCCUUCCAGAAGGUCUUCCUUACAACCAGCAAAUGCAACCCACCAACGCCUAAUUAAUAUCAAGACGUGUGGAAUGGAAGGGAAGAUCAACAAGAAGGAAACUGCCUGUGAAGGAAAAUGCAACAUUACAGAAGGUUUGCAUAAAGGCAAGAACUGCAAGUCGUCCGUGAUCACUAUUAAUGUAGGUGGGCACCUUUACACAACACAGAGAUCUACUUUAACCAAAUAUGCCGAUUCCUUACCAGAAGCUUUAGUGAAUGGCAAAAUUCAGAAUACUGUUGAUGCUGAUGGGAAUUACUUCAUAGAUCGUGAUGGCACACUGUUCAGGCAUGUCCUCAACUUCUUGCGAAAUGGCGAGCUUCUCUUACCAGAAGGAUUUCAAGAGUUUCAACUUUUGGCAAGGGAGGCAGAAUUCUAUCAAAUAAAGCCUCUGACAGAUGCUCUGACAGCCAAGUCUGUGAGCAUGCGGGAAGGGUCAGCAACAACAUUCCUGGAAAUAAUCGACAGCCAUGACCGCACUCAUGGUCUCAGAAUCUACUGCAAUGCUUCAGAUUUCAUAACAAGAGUAAAAACACGCAUUAUUCAAGUGUCAAAAAGCCGCCUAGAUGGGUUUCCUGAGGAAUUUGUAGUGUCAUCACAUGCCAUCCAGUUUAAGUACUUCAUUAAAUCAGAAAGUGGUGCACGGCUUGUCCUAAAAGAAGAUAACACCUUUAUAUGCACGCUGGAGACCCUAAAGUUUGAGACUGUUAUGAUGGCUUUAAAGAGUGACUUCAAGUUACUGACCAGCUUGGAUAGUUCCAAGGGAUCAAUCGUUCAGAGUGAUGCACUUCAUUUUCUGAAGUAAAUCUGGCUUUACAAAUAAUACAGAAGCGUGCUGCAUAUCACAGUAAUAAACACUGAGGUAACAAGGAUUCUUUUGCCAUUAUAAGAUGAUGGUAAAAAAGGCUGCUUGGUAGAUUAACAUAAUGAUGUAAUAUACUAUGCACCACUAAAUUGCAAAACAGAAUUCAAAGCACCCGAUUACAUUAUAAAAGUUCCAAUUUGUCCACAAGCAUCUUAUUCCAUCAUAACACUUCCACUUGUCAUUAGCUUGCUUUGCUGAUUAAGAGUAUA